GCCGUGGUCGGGUGGAGGUCGAGCUGGACGACGCUCCCUCUGGAUCGACGUCGUGCCAAAGAGAGGUCGUGGCUGCCGCUGGAUAUUUUUAUUUUUUCUUGAGGGGGGGAAUCGCCGCUGUCUCUCCUCGCUGGAUGUGUGUAUCCCCGGACUGCCAUGGUUAUGCGUGACUCAGUGCCGGUUAUCCUGACUGGCCCAGGAGUUAUUCUGUGGCUUACACGUUGACAUUUCACUCUCCUUCCCAGAGGUGAGAGACUCGUAUGUUAAAAUCAACAAGUGUGACGCUGCGGUAUCUCCCUCUCGGCCGGGACAUCUGCGAACAUCUGUAAAAUUACUUCGGGGAAAGAAGUUUUUCUCUCAAUUGUAGCAUGAGCUGGUCAUCUCUCUGAACCUGAACAUGGCCAAUACCAAAGGACUGUUCACAUGGCCAUGCUGGUUCGUGUUGGCCACCAGCUGGGCUGUUUUAGGCACUACGUCCUGCGUGCGGAUCAAGGAACUCGACGUCCCUGCCGUGGCUCUGGUCAACGACAAGAUCCACCUCCGCUGUGACUACGAGGAGGAGGGCAUGUCCAGGCUGUACACACUCAAGUGGUACAAGGACGGGAAGGAGUUCUAUCGGUACCAGCCUGGUAUCUCGGCCCACUCCUCCGAUGACCGCUGCGCUGAUGACCUGACCUACGACGUCGCGGGGGUCAAUGUUGAUUGCUGGGUCUCCACCGAACGCGACGUGGUUCUCCAGGGGAUCUCCAACACGACCUCAGGAGACUACCAGUGCGAGGUCAUAGGCGAGCACCCGAUGUUCAGGAAGGAGAUCAGAGUAGCGAGGCUCACCGUCUUCUCGGAGUCCCUGGAGCCGCCCGUCGUCUCGGGAGUGAAGGAAUCCUACCGAGACGAGGACGAGGUGACGCUCAACUGCUCCUCGAGGAACGCGGAGUACGUGCCCGUGCUGACGUGGCUGCUCAACGGGCGUCCCGCGGCACCGGAGCAAGUGCGGAAAUACCCCGAACGCUGGACCAUCGGCCUCGCCUUCCAGACGACGGAUCAGCUGUUCCGACGGGGCUACAUCGAGGUAGCUUGCGUGAGCUCACUCGGCGCCGGACACCAGAAGAGAGCGGAGGUGCAGCUGGUCAACCACGCCUACUUGAGAGCGCAGGAAUAUCAUUAUAAUGCAGGUCGCCAGAGAAAUGAGGGUCUGCGGGCGUGUGCAAUCGUGGGCGCCCUCACUUUCAUCAUCCUCAACCACCUUCUGUAUUAACUUUAUAUUCCUUGCGCCAAUGACCCGUUUCACUGUAAAUGUGUAUAUAAAUGUAACUGUGUAA